UGACAGGAGUGGCAGUAUUUCUUGGAGGAGAGCCGGGGAGAGUCCUGCAGAGCCUGUCUGCGAGACACAGCACACUUAAUCCAGCUACCUGGGAGGGCGGAAGACAACUCAAGACAAUCGGGAGGAAGGAAUGGGCAAUUUGCAGCAAGCUGAUACACACUCUCCACACUGCCAACCACUCUGACAGAGGCGUUUCCUCACACACACACACACACACACACACACACACACCGAACCACACUGUGGCCGUUGGCCUCUGCCCAGAUCAGUAGCUGUGGUUAAAAAACCAUCUUAACUGACUCACUGAGGUCUGAUCUGAGGUUAAGAUCCUCCCUGACUGUUCAGGCGUGAGCGGAGUUGGGAGCCAGAGCUUCACUUUCUUCCUCAGCGCAGAGAGACGGCACGCCUGACACGGGGCUCCCUACUCCUCCCCUCUCCCACUCUGCCUUUUCCUGGGCUCCUGUCCAGAGCGUGACUGGUUCCAGUGGACACAAGGGGAGGAACGCAGUCUGAAGAUACAGUACGGCAGCUCCAGCCCUGGCUGCCGGGACAACCCAAUGCGUUGAGCUUUUACAAAUCAGCAGCUUAAACAUCUUGAUUGGAUUCAUAUAGUUCCUUUUAUAUUUCUUUUUUUUGAUCAGAUCAGAAAAGGUUGGAUCUGAGCUCGGGCAUACAGACGGACUGACAUAUGGAGCGAGAGCAGUGGGCACUGCGGCAUGAAUGUAGCAACUGGACUUCUCUUCUCCCUGGUUACUAAGACCAAACAAGGAUAAUAGCCAGAGCACUAGCCUGUUCGCCGAAGGUAGUGGGUGGAUGCAGCUUUCAGCCGCCUGCUAUAGGGGGAAGGCAGAGACUGUAUAGAAGCUGCGGAGACACAUCUUGUUGGUCCACAUCCACUCAGAAAAAAUGGAUUGUUACCUCCAAGUAGACUCCUGAGACUGAGAUCUCGUAUCGAACAUUGUUUGCAGGAACUUCCAAAGGCCCUCGGACUUUUUCUAUUUUCAGAGACCUUGCGCCUCAUACUUACAUGCUGUCGUGUAGCUGAGCGCGAAGUGUGUCUCGCUGAUGAUGGCAGAGUGCAUAAGGGAUGAGUAUCUGACACCGAUGCUGCUGUAUCUUGUUCUGCUGGGCACGGCUCACGCAGCCCACAGCAUCUACCCAAGGAUACGGCUCUCCCACAACGAACUUUGGCAGUUGAACAGGACCUGGGUGUUCCAGGCACAUGGGGCGUCUCUUCAGCCCCAGACCAUGGUGCUGGAUGAAGGCCAUGAGAGGCUUUAUGUCGGGGCCAAGAAUACUCUGUUCUCGCUUAGCCUGGACCAGGUUAACACACACCACAGAGAGAUCCAGUGGGCCAGUACAGAAUCUCAGAUAGAGGAGUGUUUGAUGAAGGGGAGAGAAAAGCCCGAGUGUGCAAACUACAUCAAGGUCUUGCAGCAGUUCAACCACACGCAUCUGCUGGUCUGUGGAACAGGAGCGUUUAACCCUGUUUGUGCCCAGGUCAGAAUAGGACACUCAAGACAGGACAGGCUAUUUGCUCUCGAAGAAGACAGCGUUACAAGUGGCAGAGGCCGCUGUCCGUACAACCCCAAAAGUCCCUGCACGUCUACACUCUCCAGAGGGGAGCUGUAUAUUGGCUUGUACACCGACUACUGGGAGAAUGAUGGCGCUUUGUGUCGACUAAACAACCAGACCUACACGCGCACUGAAAGAGACGACAGGCAGCAGCUCAGUGGACCUAAAUUUGUGGGCUCAGCAGUUAUUCCUGACAACGACGACAGGGAUGAUGACAAAGUCUACUUUUUCUUCACGGAGCGGGAGAUGGAUGCCGAGGGACUGAACAAGGCGGUAUAUACCCGUGUUGGGCGGGUCUGUGCGAAUGACCAAGGAGGCCAGCGAAUGCUGGUGAAUAGAUGGAGCUCCUUCCUGAAAACCCGUCUCAUCUGCUCCGUGGCUGGACCAAAUGGCAUCGAUACACACUUUGAUGAUCUCGAGGAUGUAUUUGUUCUGAAGAACAAGGAUGGGAAAAACCCCGAAAUCUUUGGCCUCUUCAGCACCACAAGUGCGGUGUUCAAGGGCUACGCGGUGUGUGUCUAUAACAUGGAUGACAUCCGAGCGGCCUUCAACGGCCCAUUUGCCUACCGGGAGAAACCUGAGCACCGCUGGACACCUUACGAGGACAGAGUCCCCUACCCGCGACCUGGAUCCUGCGCCAGCAAAGUCAAUGGCGGUGGCUUCUCCAGCUCCAAGGAGUUUCCUGACGAGGUUCUGCGGUUCGUGCGUUCGCACCCCGUGAUGCACAGUCCAGUCCUUCCUCGGCACCGUCGACCUGUCCUGCUGCAGACAGAGCCGGGUGGGAGAAAGCUGACUCAAAUCGCUGUGGACAGAGUCCAAGCCCAGGAUGGACACUACCACGUUCUGUACAUCGGCACCGAUGACUCAGUGGUGUUGAAAGUUAUCACUUUCUACAACAAAGACACGGACACAAUGGAGGAGGUGCUGCUGGAGGAGCUGCAACUAUUCAAGGUGUCAGCACCAAUAAGAGAGAUGAUAAUAUCACCUAAAAGGCAACAGCUCUACGUUGGGUCGGAGGCUGGCGUCGCCCAGGUCAGACUCCAUCAGUGUGACCUCUAUGGCUCUGAAUGUGCUGAUUGUUGUCUGGCCAGAGACCCCUACUGUGCCUGGGAUGGUCUCACGUGUUCCAGAUUCUACCCUGCUGGAGUCUACACCAAGAGCAGACGAUUCAGGCGGCAGGAUGUUCGCCAUGGAAACGCAGUCCAGCUGUGCAAUGGGCUGCAAAUUGAUGGAUCUGAGGAGAGGUCGGUGUACGGUGUUGAGAACAACAGCACUUUACUGGAGUGUGUCCCUCGUUCGCUUCAGGCCAAAGUUCUCUGGUUCUUCCAGACAGGAGGAGAGAAACAAGAGGUUCGAGAUGAUGAGCGGGUUAUCACGAUCUCCCAUGGGCUGCUGUUCUUACAUGUGAGAAGCUCGGAUGCCGGAGUGUACGUGUGCCAGACUGUGGAGCACGGAUACGUGAACACAUUGCUACGUAUCACUCUACACGUGCUCAGGGGGGAGUGGGUCGAGUCAACGAUCCACAGGGCUAACGACGAGGAGGGAGAGAAAAGUGCACCCCCGUGCCACUCCUCCUCGGACGCCCCACCGGACCCCAGCCUCAGCCCCAGGGUUCUGGUGACAUCCUCAAUCCCGGGCCGCAACUCCAGACUGUGGUACAAGGAGUUCCUCAAACUGAUUGGCUACGGCGAUGCCCAGCGAGUGGCGGAGUACUGUGAGAAAGUGUGGUGCACCGAUAAAAAACGCAAAAAGACCAAAAAGAGGUUUGUUUCUCCGGGUGGCGAGAAGAGGUGGAAAGAGAGGGGAGAGGAGAACUCCAACCGAGCGCCCAGGCACACCUUGGGCACCUGAGGAGAACAGAGGCCGACUGCACAUACACACACGCACACACACACACACACACACACACACACACACACACACACACACACACACACAGUCUGAAGGUCAGACUGGCUCAUGUAAAAAGAUUUUCACUUUGCUCUCAACAAAAGCAUUAACAAAAAAAAAAAAGAGUAAACAACAGUAGCAGGUUGUCAAGCUAUUGUAGCUACUUUUAUCAUUCAAUACUUUGAGUGUGUUGUUUUCCACUUUUUCAAAAAAAAAAAAAAAAAAAGGGCAACGUUCAGCCUUUCUGUGUGGAGUGAAUGGGCUAUCUGGUGCAGACCCAUGGGUAAAUACUAUAAACACCAGUGUCUGUCCAGGGCAGGGGCCCUGCGAGGAGGCAGAUGAGUGGUUGAGCAGCGUUGCCUCUGAUCUGAAGAGACGGAGUAGAAUAUAUCGGCUCCUGUGGACUGAUCCAGCCCGACCCAGCUGUCGGACCGACCACACACAGACACUGCUCGGCCAAACCUCUGCUCCGCCUCUCGUUCGACUGCUAACUAUGACAAACUAUUUCUGUAUCUAUUAUGAGAGAAAAUGACAAUGUUAAAAGUGACGGCCUUUUAAUCUAUUUUUGUUUCCACCAUAACUUAUUUGCUUGGGUUUUGUCUUUUUUUUUAUUGAAUGUCAUAAACUGGAAAUAAUAGUGCUGGGGGGUUUUUUUGUACAGUGAAAAAUGCUUUGAGCUUUACGAUACUGCUACUUUGAUUAUAAUGUGGACAUGGCUGUGGUGUGUGUGGCGUGUGUGUGUAAACUAUGCAUACAAUAAGAUGUUGCAAUGCCACUAUUAUGGAUAUAAUGGAUAUUUGAGGCAUGUUUUAAUAAUGGUUAUGCCUUCAAUGAAAAUAAUAUUAUUUAAGCACUUGUUAAACCUGUUACAGUAAAUGAAAAGUGGUCCUAUCAGUGGAUGUUAUUAUUAUUAUCAUUGCUACUUUGUCUACUUUUACAUGUAAAUUGUGGUCAAAUGUACCGACAAUACUUUGUUUAUUGUCUAUUGUAUUUAUCUAAAAAUCAGGUUGGGUUUUUUUGUGCACAUCUGGUAAAAAGUAAUCUUUCCACUCUGCCUGUCCCCUCCUCUCUCCCCUUCUCUCUUUCUCUGUCUCUUUUCCUCCCUCACCCCCUUUUGUUUUAUUAUAUCAAUGUUGCAGAUGGGAUUUAUAGGACCGCCACAAACAGCAAUGUGGAACGCCACAUUUCUCUCAGAGGAAAAAGGACAAAUCGAUGGUAGGGUGACCACCCAAGCACGUUAUUAGCAAAAUUGAUGACUCUCAUGAACUCACGAGCCUCGUCGACAUUCAUUUAAUGUUGCGAUGACAGCAACAUCAAACAAAUCUGAUGCCGCAGUGAAAUCAGUUGAAAUGGUCAUGCUAAUAAUUAUCUGGAGGAUUGCAUCUUUUGUUAUGUUGUGCCUUAUUUAACUGUUAAUAUUGUCACUUUAUGUUUUUGACCCUCUUUACUGUAUUCAUUGAGUGGUAUGAAACAACUGCUUCGUUUUUUCUCUGUGUUUGUGUCAUAUCGUCCCUCAUCGUUCUUGAAUAUUGUACAAGUCAAAAGAUUUGUGUCUGCAAUUCCCCUUACGACUACAUGACAUUAAAAAAAGAUGGACUAUC